AUGUUCACUCACGCUCAUCUCCCCCCUGUUUCUUCUUCUUCUCCAACCGUCCUUUCACGAUCCUCCUCUCGUCCUUCCUCAGUUUCCACCCUCCCUCCCUCCCUCCCUCCCUCCCUCUCUCCCUCCCUCCCUCCCUCCCUCCCUCCCUCCCUCCCUCCCUCCCUCCCUCUCUCCCUCCCUCCCUCCCUCCCUCCCUCCCUCCCUCCCUCCCUCCCUCCCUCCCUCCCUCCCUCCCUCCCUCCCUCCCUCCCUCCCUCCCUCCCUCCCUCCCUCCCUCCCUCCCUCCCUCCCUCCCUCCCUCCCUCCCUCCCUCCCUCCCUCCCUUCCCCCCUCCCUCCCUCCCUCACUCUCUUCCCUCCCUCCCUCUCUCACUCUCUUCCCUUCAACGACCAAGUCGCGUCAUCUGCCCAAUUCACAUCACCUGCGCACUGCCGCCCUCUCUCUCACGCUCGCGUCGUCAGCCAAGCGGACUCACGUGCUGCAGCAAGCUCGCACGCUCUGCGCACUGUCGGGCGAUGCUGCCUCCCUCACUCGCACCCUCUGCGCAUCGCCCGACAGUUCAGAGCUGGCGUUCAACUGGGCGUUGAGGAAUUACUGCACGUGCACAGCCCUCUGGCGUUUAACUGGGCGUUGAGGAAUUACUGCAAGGCCCAGGAUCAUGUGCGCCUCAUUCACGUGCGCAAGUCAUUUGACGACAUGGUGGGCAAGCUCCCAGCGGACGCCAUAGCAACGUUGGAGGCGCAGGCAGAGGCAGCUGCGCGUGCAAUAGUGGAGAAGUACAUGAAGAAAUGCGCUGUGGCGGAUCUGGACUGUGACUGGAAGAUAGCGGUGGGGGACGAGCGCGAGGCGAUCUGCAGGGAGGUGAUGCGUGUGUGUGCAGACGUGCUCAUAGUCGGCACACGGGGGCUGUCGCCUGUUAAGAAAGCUUUGCUUGGAUCUGUCAGCGAGUAUUGUGCGCACCACAGGCAAAGGAACCCAAGCCCAGUGCUUAACUCGGUGUUUGACCUCAUGCUCCAUCUGCUCAUCUGCUCCCUCUGCCCCCUCUGCCCCUCUGUCCCCUCCGCCCCAUCUCCCCUCCUGCCAGUGCAUGCCCGGUGA